AUGCAACAUUCGGCAAACGGAAAGGAAAAGGGUGGCUGGCUGUCCAAGUUCAAGAAAGGAAGCUCUAGCAAGUCCGGUUUCCUUCAAAAGGCGCCGCCGCCGCCGCCACCACAGGGUAUCCAGAUAGCUCAACAUCCGCUGCAAACCGGGCCUCUAUCGUCAGCUUGGAUGUCCGGAAACCCUAUAGCUACCAGCGUACCGACAGAUCAGAGGUUAAGCCAACAAGCAAUGCCAGUCAUGUCGGGACAAUCAAGUAUUGUGCCCAACGCCCAAUAUACGCCAUUUGUCCCGUCAAGCAAGCCAGAGUCUUCGAGUAACCAGGCCUUUGCUCCAAAGACUAGCAGUCUUCAGCAAGCGCCACUUCGCCAGAAUUUCUCGGCUCAGGGCAACGCGUCCCUCGCUCCAGGGCCAGUGUCUCAGCCUAUCUCUCAAGCUCAAGAGCACUAUUUGAUGGGAGAACAAGUCCAACAACGCUCAGCCAGCGUGCCACCCGGAGGCUUGGUGCUGCCUCCAGGUUCACCGAAGGACCAUAUGGACAAUCUCUCAGAUGCUGCUUCUGUUUCAACCAUGGAUGUGUCUGAAGCUCAAGCACAACCGGUACUACGGCCGCAGCUUGUCACAGUUGAGCGGCAUGCUGUUCAGCCAAACCGAGAACAACGCGCGCCUCAAAAUGUUGGCCACACGGCCCAAUCGGCCCGACCGACUUCUGAGGGGCGUCCUCUUGAUGCCAAGGCGCUUGCAGACAGCGAAUUGACUGUCCCGCCUCUGUUCUCGAAGCCUCAUCCUAAGACUACUGUCAGCGCCGUCCCUGUUAACCAAGGUCCUGUUGCUCAAAACAAGUGGGCGAAGAAACCUGCUGUGGACUAUUCUGGGGAUGAUUGGGGCGAUGAUCCAUGGGACUGUAAGUAG